CCUGCCUGAUACGAUGGGCCCAUCGUAGGUACGAAGCUGGUAUCAGGGUAGGUUUGCGCGAGUGCUCAAACGCGAUAGCAAUCGUCAUGCGAAAGUCAUCGGAACAGAUGUAAAGACCAUAAGGCACGUGGCACUAUACAUACGUAUAUACCUGGAUUAAAGAGGAACCAAACCUGGAAUGAUGCAUUCUAUUUAUAUUUCGGCAGCCAGCCUUUAUACUACGUCUCGAGAACACGUGCAUCAAAGUAACGCUGAUAACGAGCAAAUGCCCAUGAAUUCCCAACUAGCGCCCAGCGGUGUGCGCACUGCAACGCUGUAUUCCCAAACGUGGAAACCACGUUGCUCUGCAGUUGCCGUGCCACUCGCGAUACAGAUUGUUCGGGCUGUGCCUAAUGGCCCAUUACGGAAUUUUUCCGCUCGCACCGAUUACCGUUUCAAGCGCCCGCUUUAAAAUUACCCCCAACCUCGCCAUGUCCUUAAUCGUCUUUCUUCUUGGCCGUGUGCUGAAAUAUUCAAUGCUCACCACGAAUGUUUCUCGGCAGUUCAAGAGAAAAGAGUCCCCGUUGCUGAGCGUGUAUUGUCGGUGAUAGUCAUUCGGCAUGGAAGCUCGCAUCAAGACGGCGUUCGCACUCGGCCUCGUGGAAGGGAUCCUGCUCAUUCUUUUCGGCGUGUGCGUCACCUUCGAUCGGCCCGUCCAGCCGAGACAUGUUACAGCCGCCGAGGAAAAGUCCAACGAAGCAACUUUCAACCGCUUCUAUCCGAUGUUCGAGGACGUGCACGUGAUGGUGUACGUCGGCUUCGGCUACCUGAUGACGUUCCUGCGUCGAUUCGGCUACAGCGCUGUGGGCAACACGCUGCUGCAGAGCGCCAUCGUACUCCAAUGGGCCGUCAUCAUGCGUGGCAUAUGGCGCGUGAACAAUGCCAAAAUACCGCUCGACAUGGAAAGCCUCCUGGGUGCCGAGUUUUCGGCAGUCACGUACCUCAUCUCUCUCGGUGCACUUCUGGGCAAGACGAGCUUGAUCCAGAAUGCCAUUAUCGGGAUCGUGGAAACCGCGCUUGGUGCCGGCAACGAAUACCUAGGUGUAUCGGUGCUCCAGGCCGUGGAUCCUGGCGGCUCCAUUUUCUUGCACACCUUCGGGGCCUACUUCGGCCUGGCACUAGCCUUCGCCCUGCAUAGGAAAGACCACUUGAGCCACCGCAACGAGGGAUCUUCGUACACUUCUGACGUCUUCGCUAUGAUUGGCACGCUCUUCUUGUGGCUGUAUUGGCCGAGCUUCAACGCUGCCACGGUCCAAGGCGCCGAGAGGCACCGAGCUGUGAUCAACACUUACCUCGCCCUGACGGCGUCAUGUCUGACUGCGUUCGCCGCCUCGUCGUGUCUCGACGGCCGAGGAAGACUGGACAUGGUCCACAUUCAGAACUCAACACUAUCAGGUGGCGUUGCCAUUGGCAGUAUUGCGAGCAUCCUGGGUGAACCUCACAGCGCCAUCAUAGUGGGCAGUAUAGCCGGAGGAAUUUCAGUGUUGGGAUACAAGUUCAUUACGCCUUUCCUGUCUCGCCGCUGGAGCGUGCACGACACAUGCGGCGUGCACAACUUACACGGCAUGCCGGGACUGCUCGCCGGUGUUAGCAGCAUCAUACUGGCGGCCACAACGUCCCAGGAGUCUCAUGGCGACAGAUUAUUCUCCAUCUAUCCGGCGAGGGCGUCCGUGUUCAACGUGACCGACGGUCAUGGCUUCAACGUGACUUAUGGGCUGGGCCGGUCCGCCGGAGAACAGGCCGCCUUCCAGCUCUGGGCUCUGCUCGCCACAUUAGCCAUCGCCAUCUCCGGAGGCCUGGCCACAGGACUCUUGGUUCGGUUGGAGUGCUUCGAGCCCGUGGACGUCCAAGACCUGUUUGACGAUGGAGUAGCUUGGAGCGUGGCGGGUCCCGAGUUGCCCACGUUCUUGGAAGUGAAGCCACGAAAGGCUUCCCCUCCAAGAAGGCCUCAAGUCCGGUUCAAAAACCGCGUCAUGAGCAUCGUGCGCGAAACCAGGGCUAAAGCUCUGGGUACCUCUACCCACUAAAGAACGAAAACAUCGGACGCGGAAUGCUGACCUAUACUUGGUACUAUUGAGCGAUGGAAACAAUGUGAAUAAAAGAAGCGCGACGACUCUGUUUCAUGCAUUUGCGGACAGUGAAUAAAGCUAAGUUCGUACCGUAGUGGUACAUACAUUCACACUUCUAGAAGGGGUUUGAGGCUCAAAAUAGGACACAGGCUCAGAGCAGACACGAACAAGCGCACUCUUGUAACAUAUGGUCUAGACCGCAGACGUUACUACGUCCACAUUUCCUGUGUAGUGCGCUCUAGUACUGCGCUGCCGAGUAAAGAAACAGUAACACAUCAGAUGCUGUAUAGGCUCACUGAACCGCGUUGGUACUGUUUUGCCUGCCCGUCCUGCGGUUCCCGCUGUUUGCAAACAUUGGGCAGCUUUAGCUGAGCGUCCUUUACGGUCCCGUUCCACUCGCAUUUCACGCGUUAAGGCAGAAUUGCGUUCAGUGUUGCCAGAUUGGGCUAUUUGUACCCAAAUUUGGCUACUUAAAUUUUCGUUUGGCUGUGUUCUAGAUGAGUUGGUCAUGUGGCUAUUUUUGGGCUACAUUUUUAUGUGGAUCAGGAAUCAUAAAAAAACUGUGUGUUAAGAUUCUCGGUACCUUCGACGAGCUGUUGGUGCAACCUUUUUCUGUUUGUUUCCGCAUCUGCGUCCAUGGCAUGGCACGAUGCACCGGGUUUUGUGCUAGGGCCUAAUUUCUACGUCCGCCCGUUACAAAGGGAAGAGCACCGUACGAUCAUCAUCCAUGUUGGCUAGAAAUAGUGCGUGCGGUUAGCCACUGUGGGCAACCAUGGUGAACGAUUUGUAUUUGAUAUUUUUUUUCUUCGAGUGUUUUACCUCUUGUAGUCAACCCCUUUCCUUGGGCGUGUGCUUGAUGCUUGUAUAUAUGUGAUAUCUUUUACUUUUAAAUGCGAAGCAUUUCUUGGCGAACAUUUGCCAUUUUGACAGUAUCUAUCUAGCCACCUACGUCUUGGUGCUAUCAUGGUCGUACCGUUAACUUGGUAUUUUCCAAAAUUGGCAUACUAUGAUAAGAGUGUAUGACGAACAUAAAUGAUAGGUCAUGACAUGAAUAUCAUGACACGUGUGUUAUGUAGGUCAUGAAACAGCUGCCUACGUCUUGGUGCUCUCAUGGUUGUUUCGUUAACUUCGUAGCUACCAAAAUUGGCAUAGUAUGACAACAGUGUAUGAUGUGUUCUGUGCUCCAAUGCACAAAAGGACGUUUUGUUAAGAAAGUAACUGGAACGCCAGUGCAUUUCUCUGCAAAGUUUGGGAAUUAAUAUCUCGAAACUGGUGUCAUCCUGAGAAUUCGUUUCAAGUGGAUCCACCUUGUGAGCUCCACGGCUAGAAUUUGUAAAUUACAAUAUGGGCCAUAAGGUAAUUAGUUAAAAACUUAAUAGUGACUUUUUGUUUAAUAGUUUAUUAUGCAUCUAAAUUUGUUUGUGCAAGUUAUGUCCGCCUUUUCGAGUAAACCAGCUCAUGAACUAGAAUUGUGCUAUCUGCCACAGGCAACCUUUAAAAAAUUUGGAAGUGCUCGCUAAAACACCCUGUACAUCGAUUUCCUUAAAUUGCAGCGCACCGAUUCAGUGCUUUAAACAGAAGUGUGGACGACUGUGCAAACGAAGUACGGUCACGAGCGAAGCUUAGUACAGCGGAGGCUUAGUUGCUGAUUAUUUUCACGCCGACGCCGCAAUACGUACAGCCAGAGUUCUUUAAAGGACUGUGAAAUAACCGUUCUUGCAACUGCCGCGUUCACUGCCUGCAGUAGCAGUGCGCAUAACAAUGACGCCGUUGCGGAAACCGUUCACCGUUGAGGAAACGAUUCACCGUUGCGAGAGCCAUACUGAAGUCAGCGACGAGUGUUGCAGCGCCUCUCAGUGCUAAAGUUAUCGGUUGCGAUAAGCGGCUUUGCUAACGCUAUAUAUGUCAUCGGAAUCGUACGCUUUGAAAAAAAAAAAAAAGGUGGCAGUGACUAUAAGUUACUAACAAGCUGCCACAUAUGUUAUUGACGUGUUGUUAACUGAAGUUGGUAACGGUAAUGUUGGUAACAGUUACCAAAUACACUAUUAAUUUUGUAACCCGUACUGCUGCAUUUAGGGCCAAAUAGCUCAUAUUUCAUAUUGCUGCGUGCUAUACGAACACGAUGAUGUAGACACUUGGAUUUAGUGGGACGUACCCAUAAGCGGUCGCUGGCUGAUCUGAGGACGACGACGUGCCUUAUUUUGAUGUUGGCUGGGUUCCAUGUUGGCCAGUGCUUGCUACCCCUUGUAAAUACACUGUGUAAAUAUUUUACCUACUUUGCUUUCACGUAACAAUAUGUUAUAAACCUCGUUCUCGUGAUAUUUUUUUUCAGAGCUUAAAGGUUAAUUAUAGGCGCUGCAGAGAGGUCACGGCGUGAACAUAACAUGUUUCGGACCGUGUCACCAAUACGUGGCAUAUCUCUGCUGUGUCGAAUAACGAGCAGGCGAAUAACGUUCGUGUAGUAGAAUACAUCCGACCCCAGAAUUAUUGCUGAAAGUGUCAUUGCCGCUCAACAGUCCACGAACUUAUUGUAAAAAUGGCGAGAGCGUUUAGCGUAACUAAACGUCAAUCACGUUUUCUUUCCAAGACCCCCUGCACAGUGGCUGUAUGGGCGCGCACUUUUCUAUCAAAGAGGCCCUCCCGCGCGGUGCAUGUUCGUGGGCUUGUUUAUCUUUAGCACUAAAUAAAAUAUACUUGGGUUAAUAUUUUCAAAACAUGGAAUGAAUGUCUGCAACGGCUUUUACGUCCUCACGUAGGUCGAAGAGCACCAAGCAUUUUAAAGGAAUUUAGCGCUUACCCAUUAUCGGGUGGCAUCAACUCCUAAUUUGGUGCGGUACCUUAAUAAUGCCGCUCCUUUACUGUGCCCUUGUGGAGCUCCCGACUCGCGCAUCAUUGGCAGUAUUAGUGUAUAUGUUUCAUUAUGUUUCAAUGGUAUGUGCCAUUGCGCUUGGACCCUUUCUACACUACCCCCAAGAUCGGCCCACAGUUUUCUGUCUACGACAGACAGAUUACGCUCGGCAUAAACAGCUCCGCUGUUAAAACCAUGCUAGGUCAAAUUUUUCUUGCCAGUUAAAGGGUUAAAUUAGGGCACAUAACGGGCAUGCAAGGAACAUUAAGCUGCCGGGUGACUGACCAGUACACUGUACAAAAACGAACGCGAGAUAAGAGAGAAUAACGUAUCGCACAACUCAAUGAGCAGGCUACUUUAGGCCACAUGUCGUGAGUUCCCCUCGAACGUAUGUAUAGCCAGAGUAUUGGGGACUGCGACUUGGGUCGGUGAGCACCCGUGUCUUUGCAUAAAUAAAUAAAGUUGUGGUCAUAGCUUUCUACAACCCAAUGUAUGCACGCAUGUACGCAACGAUGGAAUGCACAAAAGUGUUAAUCCGAAAUAAAGAAAAAAGCUACAAUUCAAUCAAAAGUUGCAGAGAAACUGCCACUGCCCAGCACAAUACUCCACGGGCAAGAUGAGGCAUUAGCCAUUGCUAACUUACCUCAAUUGCACCUGUAAGGCUCUAGCGUUAGUAAAUAACUAGCAAAACGUUAGUAACUAUCUGUGAGGGGUAGUAACUCCUUCAGUUUCUAAAUUUUUCAUGCGGUUACAAACUUUUCGCUAACUUCUUUUUCUAAGAGUGUAGAAUUUUGAAUAUUUUUUCGCCAGCACGCUCACACUACCGUAGUUUUCACGUCAUCUAGCGAUAUGGAGGGCUGUUAUUUCUGUCUGGGAAUAUAAUUGGCAGUGGUCGAAUGAGAGAUGUGUCUGGACCAAGGAGGUUAAAACCUCCUUGGUCUGGACAUGGUCUCUGGAGACUGUUGUCCUCGUAUUGUCGAAACAUUGUCUACAGAUGCAUCUUUUGUUUGCAUGGAGGAAGUAAAUAAUCAAGGAGAGAACACUGCGCCACGCAAUCAGCCUUGGCAAGCGAACGCUCCGGGAAGCAAUUUUCUUUUUCUCUCUCAGUAUCGCCCCUACACAUGACCUCUCAGAGUCGGCGCAUUGCCCGGUAAUGUUGGUUUCGCGGUAGUUUUUAAUAGAUUCGCACUUGUUCGGCCGCCCUGCCGUACAGCUGUGCCUGCCGAGUGGGAGUAUGAAAGCCUACCUCGCGCUCUGACGUGACGAUCACGUGUUAGACCGAUUCGUUUGGCUUCAAUCAUGUUGCGCGAUGCUCCCUCCUAAUUAUGUCCCUCCUCCAUGCUUGAUUAAAACACUGUUGAUUAUUUCAAGUCCGCACCUUCCUGUGUACCACUGUCUUCUUUGGAUGUCUCUGGGAAUUGUUAUUAUUGGAUCUGAAGGCAUAUACGAUAUACACUUGACAGGAAAGGGAAAGCGAGGGGCAGGCUGGCAACUGCCACCGGAAGGGGCACAACGCCUGCCUACUCUUUAGAAAGGAGGAGACGGAAACAUAGAAAUGGAAGAUAGGAAGAAGGGGAGGAAAGAGGAAAGAAAGAGCGAGAUGACAAAUAUCAAAGAAUAAAAUGGCACACAUAGUAGGGCCGGUCACUGCAGGUCACGCUACUAAAAAAAAAAAAAAAGUUACAUAGAAGAAACAGUCUCUGAGUUACAAACGUGAACUUAAGUUAGUUAAUUCUAGAAAAGUAAGGAGAGUCCGAUGAGCCUUGAUCGCGUCGAGACGCACAACCACUGGGGUGCAAACAUUCGUCUAGUCUCGUACACCGCAGGCUAUGGAGAUGAUAGUCCCUCGCUAACGACAUGCGCUGCGCACUGAAAACGGGACAUUCCAAUAUCAGGUGGUGAAGUGUCUCGCAGCAACCGCAAGAUGUACACGAUGAACUGGCCGUACGUCCUUGUCGGUAUAAACGUUCGCACACGUUCACACAGCGAACCCGUAGCUUGAGUAGUUGCGCUCUAGCGUGGGCAAGCCUCGACCGUGAUUCCAGGGUGGGAACGUUCCAUUUGCGACGCACUGGUCUGGAUGCUGCUUGAGUAGGUGGCGACGAAUCAGCAGCGAGCGUCAGCAAGCUUGCACAAAAUUUCAGGGCAAGCACAGUCGUUAUGAGCGCAAGUUGAAGCCAGCCGAUCAGCCUCUUCGUUUCCGGCGAUCCCUACGUGUGAAGGUAUCCAUUGGGCAACGAGAGAUACCCCACGGGAUGAAAUAUUGUUUGCAGUCUGUAAUGCUGCGCACAACUGGACAAUCAAUCUGACUGCGCGGUAAUCUGCUAAGGGCAGCACGGGAGUCCGUAAAGAUGACAAUCUUCGAUGUGGUUAACUCCUAUUUCACGUAUAUCAGUGCAACAUUAUUCGCUGCUAGCCCUGCAGUUGUUGACUGGAUGAGGUCUAUGAAAUAUUCGUCGUACUUGAGUCGAAGGGUAGAAAAAAUCUGCAGAGGCGCCUUGACCGUCGCUGUGUACAGAUGCAUAUGUGAAUACUUGAAGAUAAUCUGGAAAUCUUUCGAACAUGUGAGACUUAGCCAAUUGGAAUAUUGCUGAAUCAGGCAUAUAAGACUUUUUGUGCAUGUCAGGGAUAUUGAGGUGAAUGGGGAAUACGUGUUUGGUGGUAUCUUUUGGAGGCGGAGGAGUAACUGAAGCAGCAUGUUCAGAAAUGUCAGCAAAGUUCGUAAAUAUUGCCGCCAUUUUUCCCAUGCGAGAAAACGGGUGGUGAGUCAGAUGAUCAAGGAGCGAUUGAUCAUUCGAUGCUCGGUACAGACGCUCAAUAUGAUAUAGAGCUAUCUCAUCUGCUUGCAGUCUCAGGGGUAACUGAUGCGCUUCAGUUAGUAAUGGAACAGAUGGCGCCUCACGAGGUAAUUCCAGCAUCAGUCAAAGGGCAAUGCGAUGAUUUCGUUCACGUAUAGCAUAAUUACUAAAAAUACAAAAAAAGAAAGGUAAUGACUGACGGUAAUGACUUACAACGGUUACACGGCGCAGGUAAAAAACACUAUCUUUUGAAGGUUUUUCAAGAUCUUGCUUUUUUUUUUAAGCUCGGCUGCGAAGAGACGGUAUAAAGCCUCCAGAUUUCUUUUGCUUGCGCUCCUCUUGGUCUGAGAAAACGAAAAAGGAAAUGUAGAAAUAAAUUAAAAAAUAAAUAGCGACAAUAACAACAUUUCUCAGCCCCUAGUCUGUAGGGUUUGCUUCAUCUGUCGCCAGCUUUGUUUUCAGCUUCAGGUCCUCGCACGAUCGUAUAAAGGGCGAACUCGAGCUAAUUAAAAUCGCUAAUUUUACUCGGCGUCGGGAGUUGUUUCUUCAUUCCUACACUUUUUUGUUUUUUGACGAGUAGUUGCUAGGAUAUAGAUAGACAAGACUGAAAUUUCGCUGCUGCUUCUGUGGUUGCGGCAAUAUAUUAAGGCUUCUAGCUGGCAGACCAAAUUAUUUCCUUGGCAAGUCACUGAAUUGCAAGGCUUUCAUCUUGAGCUGAAAUUGGAGGCCGUGUUUUCCCAGAUGGACGAUAAUUUGUUUUUUGUUUUUUUAUAGAGAAACUGAUGAGUGCCACGCGUGCCACUUUGCCGGCUAAUUAGGAACUCAACAGCCGGAGUUGCACGUCAAUCAGUGAGGGCUAGAACAUAAUUUUAGUAUUUUUUAAAGUGAGAGAUUGCAUAUAUUUUUUUAAAUCUUCAAGUAUAUGGACACGCAAGUGCUCCUGUCUGAAGCUUUGCGUCUUAAGUUUCUACAAACCAUGAAAUCAAGAAACGAUGCGUGUCAUCCUAAAGGUGACAGGAACAAAGUAAUUAUAGGAAACAGAAGGUACAAAAAAAAAAAAGAAUCCAAGAAAAGAGCUACCAACGCGCGUUGACAUUGGCGAUUUCUUUUCGUCACACAUUCUUGAUGAAAGUUGUACUUGUUUGUGAAAGCCGAAUC